AUGCACGCGGGAUUCCUGGGCUUCUCCGCCUUGCUGCUGGCGGCCGAGCAGAGCGCGCGCCUCUGCACGGUGGUUUAUUACUUCAUCACUGGACAGCUUCUUUGGGGGUGGCUGGCCGCCUCUGUCCUAUUGCCUGGCUUCUUGGUCCAGGGCCUGAGUUAUCUAUGGUUUCGAGCAGAUGGACAUCAAGGUCAUUGCUCUUUGAUGAUUCUGCACCUUCUACAGCUUGGUGUUUGGAAACGGCACUGGGACGCUGCCUUUGCUGCUGUGUCUAAGGACUGGGACGCCCCCCGCCUGGGCCAGCUGCUGCUGCAGGAGGCUGACCUGUCGGCCCUCCGGCUCUUGGAAGCCCUUCUUCAGACCGGGCCCCACCUGCUGCUUCAAACCUAUGUGUUUCUGGCUUCUGACUUGACAGAGAUUGUAGCAGGAGUGAGUGCCGUAUUCUCUUGGUCCUCGCUGUCCUGGGCCCUGGUGUCCUACGCGCGUUUCAUGGGCUUCAUGAAGCCGGGUCACCUCUCCAUGCCAUGGGCUGCCCUCGUCUGCCAGCAGCUCUGGAGGAUGGGCAUGUUGGGGACCCGCGUCCUGAGUCUGGUUCUGUUUUACAGAGCGUACCAUGUCUGGGUUUUGGUCGUCGGAGGUGCCCACUGGCUGGUGAUGACGUUCUGGCUGGUGGCACAGCAGAGUGACAUCAUCGACAGCACCUGCCACUGGAGGCUGUUCAACCUGCUCAUCGGGGCUGUGUACAUCUUCUGCUACCUUAACUUCUGGGACAGCCCUUCCAGAAAUAGGAUGGUCACCUUUUACAUGAUAAUGCUCAUGGAGAACAUCAUCCUGUUGCUGUUGGCCACGAAUGUCCUCCGGGAGGCGUCAUGGAGCCACCUGUGGAGGAUAGCGGGCAUCAUGUCUGGAUUUCUGAUUGGCACCGUCUCACUGGUAAUUUAUUACAGCCUGCUCCAUCCAAAGGCCCCAGACAUCUGGCAGGGCUUCAUCAGGAAGUCCUGUGGCAUGGCAGGUGGUGAUAAAGCAGAGAAAGGAUCUUCUCUCAGGCCUGCGGCCCCCACUGGGGAGAAGUUGGAGAGCCCCGGUGUGUGCCAAGCGGAAGAUCCUGCGUUGGCAUGUGUGGGCCCGCCCCCCAGUCCUUCAGAGUGGAGCCCCUCAGAGGCGGGUCUGGGAAGCCAGGUCGCCAACGAGGACCCUUCCCUGGGACACCAUCACUGGCUGUUGGUGAAGCUUGCCUUAAAGACUGGAAAUAUGUCAAAGAUCAACGCAGCCUUUGGAGAGAACGGCACUGACUGCUUUUGCCCCACUGGGUGGCCGUCAAGUCAGCCCAGCAGCCACCACGACCACCCGAGGAAGCGGUUCUUUUUCGAGCGGGAGUUCCCACCAUCGCCCCAGAACACCCAUGCCAUGGAGAACGCCUCUGAGGCUGAAGGUGUCCCAAAAGCAGAACCCGAGACUUGGGAAACCUCCCAUUACCUCUCUUUCACCAGCAGUCAUCACCACAGCGCACCUACUCAGGACCUGUCAGCCUCCCAGCGGGAAGACAGCCCCGGGACAGGAGCUGGGGCUUUGCCUGGGGAAGCCCUAGCCCUUGUGGUCCAGGGCAGGGCCGUGAGUGGGCAGUUGAAAGGAGGGGAAGGUCAGGAGGGCUCUUCACUCUACUUCAGUGCCAUCAUAGAGGGUCCCGCAUCGUCACCCCAACGAGGCAAGCCAUUGCCACGGACGUCCCGCUCUGGGAGGAGCUCCGUAGAGAGCAACACUGCCCAACCAGCCUCCCCUCAGCCAGCUACAAAACCCUUUCCAGUCACCCUGGCUAAUAUGAGCCCCAUCCUAGGCACAAGCCCAGGCAGAAGCUUCUGGCCUGGGACAGGCCUGUCCGGAGGGACCCCUGGACACUCAGAGUGUAGAGAUAGGCAGGAACCCUCCAGCGUACUAAAUCUCCCGACCUCGGUAGGCACAGGGGUACCAUUGCCAAAGACUAGACUGAGGCUGGGGGAUGAGCCAUGCCGUACAUCCACCCCCAAGUCUGAAUCCAUCCAAAGGGACGUCGGCUGCAGGGGAGGGUGGAAGCAAGAGACAAGUUUCUUCAUCUGAUCGGCGUCAUGGUGGAGCCAGGGAGUAGACCGGCAAACUGGACAGUUACGCCUGGCAUGUGAUAAGAGACGUCAUCUAGGGUGUCACAAACCCCCACUUCUGGCCAAGUCACUGGUCUUUCUGUAUCUCCUUCACACAGCUGAAAAUUGAGGGUGCGUGAUUAGGUGAUUCCCAAGAUCCUCAAGUGAACAGCACACACCACGAGAGCCAGGUCCGACUGCGGUCUUUCUAAUGCCACGCAGGAGGAGGAGGGGAGGCUUCCAGUCAAAAUUGCCUUUUGUGAACUCUGUUAUCCCUUUUGCAUAUUUUCUCCCAUGGGGGAAAAUCAGAGCGAAUACCUGGAGGGAACUCAGAGCGAAAACCCAGAGUUCUCUUUUACUCUAGGUUCUUGAGAGCUAGG